CUGAAGCUUUUGGCUCGACUUUGGCUGCAUUUGUGGCCCUUCUUCAGGCGAAUCAGACAUGAAGGCCAUGGCCAAGAAGGCCAUGGCCAAGAAGCCCACGGUCAAGAAGACUACGAAGAAGAACACCAAAGCCAAGGAAACGAAGGGGGAGCUGCCCUGCUCCCCUCGAGCGACCAUGGCCCCGACUGGCAAAAGGGCCCUGUGCAGCGGCGUGAACAACCGGAUGACCAGGUGCAAGGGUAAGCAGGUGAAAGAUGUGCUUUGGAAGAUGAAGUACAAGAGCCCCAAGAGCCAGCAGCAUCUCACCUACAACCUGCAGGAUUUGCGCUAUGAUCUGCUCCGUGGGUAUCUUAAGGUCAAAGUGCUCAGGGCGGGUACCUCCGCCGCUUCUUCGAGCAAGGGCGAGCUGCCUUGCUCGCCCAAUGCCACCAUGCUGCCCACGGGGAAGGUGGCCCUUUGUCCCGGUGUCAACAACCGGAUGAAAGGAUGCAAGGGCAAGAAAGUGGUAGAUGUGGUUGGGAAGAUGGGCUACAAGAGUCCCAAAGGCCAGCUCGUCUACAAUGUCCGCGAUCUGAAGUAUGAUCUACUGCGUGGAUAUGUGAAGGUGAAGCUCCUCCGGGCCCCGCCAGCCUCCAAGGCGACGACGGUGGCACGGGGAAGGAAGAGCCAGCCAGCCAUGAAGGUCAUGAAGACCACAAAGGCAAUGAAGGCACCGAGAAGCCGCGCUGCGAGCGCUCGCAGCGCCGAAGGCCGCGCGGCGAGCGCGCCGACGGCGAAGGCGGAGACGCCCAACGAUGUCCCGAAUGCCACAAGUGCGAAGAGCUCGACGAGCAGCAGCAGUACGAAAGGAGAACUUCCCUGCUCCGUGUACUGCGUGAUGAGGCCCACCGGCAAGCUGGCGAAAUGCCCGGGCAUCAACCAGCGAAUGGAGCGAUGCAAUGGGAAGCGCGUGCAGGAAGUUCUGAACAAGCUGGAGUACAGCAGUCCGAAAGGGAGUCUCACCUACAGUGCCCAAGACCUGAAGUACGAUCUUCGCUGCGGCUACCUGGAGGUACUAGCCCCGAACUCCAUUCCCUGGCGGUGAGCCAACCAACGAAGACUUGCACGCCCCAAAUUUCCGCGCUGGAAAUGGGCGCGGGGCGGAAUGGCGCUUGCUGACGCUGACGUUUGUUGCUUGGUGGAUCAAUCAGAGAUCCCUGGAAAGUAGUGCUGAAGAUCAGAACGUCCAGGAGCAGGAGCGGCAGCCGCGGAAGUUGUUUGGUUCGUUUCACCUUUCAGAUCGGCCGCAGGUCCUGUGCUGAGUGGCUCCGGAGAUGUCCAAGACAGUUUAAAAAAAGGGACCGGACCU